GCACACCGCUCCAGCACCUUCGAGCUCUUUGAAUAUCGAGGCAAUGUGCCAGGUUGCCUCGAGGCAUCCACUCAGGAGGUCACAAAAGAGGUCAGCAGCUACAAAUAUGAUCUUCGAAAAAUGUCUUACAAAAUAUGAUAUCAAGGAAUUGGUGCUUUCCAUCGUGCAGAUCUCAUCUAUGUCAUUGGUCAGCAAGCUUACGCUGUGAUACUCGUCAUUUCAGAUAAAUGUCAUCGCCGUCAGCUUGUUGGAAUUCCGUAAUAAAAUGUAGACACCUAGAAGGUGGGUGGCGUAUCGCCGAGGUUGCUGCUUCGACCCAAAGAGAAUUAGAGGUUGACAAGACUGCUCCGAACAAAAGCCGUGCAAAGAAAAAAAUGAUAUCAAUUUCUUUGGAUACAUUAGAACUGUCGCAGCAAGGCUAUGUCACGAUUCCUCUGAACCUCAAUUAUGAAGGUGGCCGUUAAAACGGAUGCCAUUGACGAAGGUCUCGCAAGGCUCGCAGACAGAACGUGUUGAAAGACAAAGCAAUUGCUGCAUGCCAUCGCAGGCAACACCUUGAACAUAUACGCAA